AUUGAUCAGAUCAUCUUUCCCAGAGCUGACCCUGACAUUAUAUAGGAUCGAAGCAGCUCUUAAAGAAAAGGCUAAAUGUUUUUAUUCAAAAAGUCGGCUGGGGAACCCAAGGCGGUGCUUGACCAGAAGACCGGCUCUGAUGUUGCGUCUCCUUCUCGGUCGCUGACCAUUGCGGUAGCUCUCAGUGGGAGCACCAAAAGCAAAAAAAUACUUAAAUGGGCGCUCAAAAAGUUUGCUUCUGACAAAAACGUCGUCUUCAAGUUGAUUCAUGUCCUUCCAAAGAUUACUUCUGUACCUACACCUUCGGGACGCAUAGUCUCUAUCUCUGAGGUACCAAAAGAUGUGGCGGCUACUUAUAGGCGACAAGCGAUGGAUGAGACUAAAGAAACUCUUCUGAAACCUUACAAGAAGAUGUGCGAGCGGAAGAAGGUUGCUGUAGAACUUCAAGUGCUUGAAUCAAAUAGUGUUGCAGUGGCGAUAACCAGAGAGGUUGAUAAGCAUGCGAUCAGUAGACUUGUCAUCGGACGCUCAUCUGAUAUUUUUAUGCGUUUAGCCAAUUCCAGGGAUCAAGAUAUUACGGCAAAGAUAUCUACCUAUGUGUCAAACCUUUGCACUGUCUAUGUUGUCUCACAAGGAGUCUACAUUCUCUCCAAAGAGAAAGAGAAAUCAUCCACAGACACGGAGAUGGAGAUGAAUGAAACUAUAACAGACUCUGAUAGUCAGAUAACAGAUUCCUCUAGCUGUUCUUCUGGUUCAGAUGCAAUGUCAAAUGCACUGAAAGCCAAAUCUCUUGCUAUGUCCGGCAAGAGAUUGCAACAUCUCCCGACAAUAGUAAGAGGGGUCUCUGUUCGUACGGAAACUAGUUCUGUUGACUCAUACGGAAGUACAAGUACGUCUUCGGGUGCUGCAGAAAAAGCAAGCAGGAGAAGUAGCCAUGAAACACCGCGUACUAUUUCUUCGAAUUCUUAUUUAAGAGAUUUUGAUGAGAGAAAAGGCGGUACAAGUUCUAUAUCUAGCAUCCGUGAAUAUGAUAAUGAUACUCAAGGUGAAGAUUAUUUCACAGACAACCAGGAGACGUUCGAAGAAAUAAAAAAGUUGAGGGAUGAACUUAGACAAGCUCAAGAAAUGUAUGCAUUGGCUCAAGUAGAAACCUUGGAUGCUUCUCUCAAGCUGAAUCAGCUUGAGUUGGACGAGUUAACGCUAAAGGAGCAGGGAACAAAGGGCUUAGCAGAAAAGAAAGCACAAACGUUUGAGAAGAAGAAAAGGGAAGACAAAGAGGCCGCACAGAGAAGACAAGCCGAGAUAAAAGCCAAAGCAAAAGAGAAGGAGAAGGUUGGGGAAAGAUCCCCUGUGGCUCCUAAGCUGCAAUACCAAGAGUUCACUUGGGAAGAAAUCAAAACGGCAACUUCAUCAUUCUCUGAAGAUUUAAAGAUUGGAAAGGGAGCUUAUGGAGCUGUUUACAAAUGCAAUCUCCGUCAUACAAUCGCUGCUGUCAAAGUUUUGCAUUCCCCGGAGAGUAAUCUAUCCAAACAAUUCGAUCAAGAGAUUGAAAUCUUGAGCAAGAUCAGGCAUCCACACUUGGUUCUCCUUCUAGGCGCCUGUCCAGAGCAAGGCGCUCUAGUCUAUGAGUACAUGGAAAAUGGUAGCUUGGAAGAUAGACUAUUCCAAGUCAACAAUACUCUACCAAUUCCGUGGUUCGUCAGGUUCAGGAUAGCUUGGGAAGUCGCAUCAGCGCUCAUUUUCCUCCACAAAUCAAAACCGACACCAAUCAUCCACCGUGAUCUCAAACCAGCCAACAUCUUGCUUGACCAAAACUUUGUCAGCAAAGUAGGAGACGUGGGCAUCUCCACAAUGAUCCAAGUCGACCCUUUAUUAACACAAUUCACAAUGUACAAACAGACAAGCCCCGUGGGAACAUUAUGCUAUAUUGAUCCCGAGUAUCAACGAACCGGGAGGUUAUCUUUCAAAUCAGAUCUCUACGCGUUUGGAAUGAUCAUUCUGCAGCUUCUUACCGCUCUACCGGCUAUAGCCCUGACGUAUAAAGUAGAAACAGCAAUGGAGAACGAUGACGAGUUGAUACAGAUUCUUGAUAAAAAAGCUGGUGACUGGCCAAUGGAAGAAACCCGUAAAUUAGCAGCUUUGGCCCUCUCUUGUACAGAGAUCCGUGCUAAAGACAGGCCUGAUCUUGAAACUCAGAUUCUACCAGCAUUGGAGCGCUUUAAGAAUGUAGCUGAAAGAGCAAAAAACUUGAUUUCCUCUGCGCCAAAGCAACCUCCAAGCCAUUUCCUCUGCCCAUUACUAAAGGAUGUGAUGAGUGAACCAUGUGUUGCUGCUGAUGGUUAUACCUAUGACCGGCGAGCCAUAGAAGAAUGGAUGGCAGACCACCGUACCUCCCCGGUGACUAAUUUGCCGUUACAAAACAUGAACCUUUUGCCCAAUCACAGUGUUUAUGCAGCCAUUGUCGAAUGGAGAGGUAACCUUCAGUAAGGCAAGCAAACAUUUAAGUCUUUGACUUUAUUCAAAGCUAAAGAAGAUAAGAGUAAGACUGAAGAACAAUCUUUUGGCAAGAGUGUGGACAACACGCGGUGGAGAAAUAAGAAAUUUGUUACUGGUUGUUACCAAUUACAAUUAUAGUUGUAUAUAUAUGGUGAGCCUGAGUCUUGGUCUUCGGUGUGAGGUUACACUGUAUUUUAUGGGUGCGAGAUAUAUGGAUGAUUUUGACCAAGAAAAAAAAAAUACAUGGAUAAUAAUCUUAGAUGCGUUUUUACUUUAU